AUGGUAAACAAUCAAGGUUUACUCGUCGAAGAAGAAUGUAUCCUCAAGAAAGAUGAGAUAUCCGAAUUGAAUAAAGUAUUCAACUUUCCAUCUAACUUCCAAGUGAAUGUCGCUCCAUUCGGUACACCUGAAGGUAUUACUGUAUCAUCCAACGUCAAGAACAAUGAUACUGAAUUGUUGAUUGUUGAAAAGCGAAUCAACGAUAGCUUGAAACCUUUGCUUCUCAUGUCAAGUAUGUUAUCAUCUGAUAGCUCUAAUGUCGAUGUAGAACUUAUUAGUUACUUAACUCAGAGUGCAAUCAUCUUAGCUGUUAAUGCUCAAGCAUCGCUUAGUCGUGUCCGUC